AGAUUAUUCUUGUACCAAUUUCUUAUGUUCCAAAUUGAUCGGAACUCUUUGCUUCGGCUCUUCAAUGUUUACAAACCGGUUUGUACCUGGACGCCAUUACGUCGCUACGGACGUUGCUACAGAGAAUUGAUAAUAAAAAUGACAGCUGGCUCAAUCGCAGUACCCACUGUGAUACCUCUGAGACCACCCUUGCCUGGUCGACCAAAGACUUCCAUUGAUUCUAAUACAAAAAUUGAAUUGAAAACAGAAACUGUAGGAGCAGAUAUAUAUUACACAAUCAAUGGCUGGAAACCAGAGCCUUUCAAAAAGACAGGGGAGAAAUGUACUAUGAAGUAUGUGGGGCCAUUCACUCUACCUGCUGGGAAGCAGACUGUCAAAGCACUGGCUGUUUCAAGUGAUGGUCUAAGAGAAAGUAAUGUAGUGACCAAAAUAUUUGAAGUUGACUUUGUACCCACUCCUGCCUUACCCACAGAAGAUGAUGAUCUUGGUUUUCAGGAUGAUCUUGAAAGAUCCAGAGCCAAGAGUGAAGUACUGAGGGCUAAAACUAAAUUGACCCAGAGUCCAGGAUCUGCUUGGACUGACCUUGAGGAGUUGAGGGCCACACAGCAAAAGCUUGCAGAUAUGGAAGUUAAAGGUAGCACAAGACACAAGCCUUACCCUGGCACAAGAUUUUUAGAAACCAGAAACAACGAGCAACAAGAAACACAACGCUCCUCAUUUGUCAACACAGUACCUCAGCCCUAUAUUUUUAAUGGUAUAGGGGCACAGGAUUUGUUCUGGGCCACAAAUAGAUCACUAGUACCUCAUCAUGAACCACCUCCACAGAUUCAUUUUAACCAAAGCAAAUACCCCAAGGCAGCAGAUUUUCUCAAUUUCACUACAACAUCAUCAGGACAAUAUCCUGGAAGUAAUCAGUGGCUCCCUGUAAAUGUCAGCCCUGCAGGAUUUUUAGUUCCUUCACCUACAGGACUGGCAGAUAGUGGUGACUCCUCUCUCAAGUCAAGGAAAUCUACACAGACUGUAAGUACCCAAACAGUAGGUCUGUUUUACCCGUCACAGCGGCAGAUAGACAAGAACAAAGAACAAGAGGAAGAGAAGAUAGCCAUGGAAAAACAAAUGAGAGACAGAAAGCCAUUGCUGACUGCUGUCAGCCCUGGAAAAGGCUACUGGAGAAAACAAAUUGAACACAUUUGCCAACACCUUAAAGCUCACACACAAAAUGAUGCAGAGUUUCGUGCUUUGAUUGGGGAACCUAAAAUGGGAAAGCUUCUUACUUCUGCUGUUCAAGAAGAUGGCUAUGAGUUGAGCUUAACAUUGACCUUUGCACUACGAGGAACAAAAGAUCCUUUUAUCGGAAAACAAUUGGGUGUGUCAAGGUCAGAGGGCUACUUGAGUUCACACACUCAGUUGGAUGAACAAAUGUACUCUGAGGAUACAGAGAGUGAAGAGGAGAUUGAAACAUCUAGAUCUACUGUCACUAAAAAAGUUAGAAAGCCCAAGCCUAAAAAGAAACAAGUCCCUAAACUUUCACCAUUAAAUGCUAAACUGUUCAAACUACUAGGACCUAACAGUGAAGCUACUGUCAGCGAUAUUCAACAGUUAUUGGAUGAAGGAGCUGAUGUGAAUUGCCUGAACAAGAAUGAUUUACCUCCCUUGCAUGUUGCUGUCAGAAAUAAACACACUGAUGCCAUUGAUGUGUUAGUACAUGGAGGGGCACAGAUAAAUGCUAAAGGACCAAGUGCUGUAAAGGGAAACACUGCCUUGCAUGAAGCUGUAACACUUGGACCUUCAGGAAUGAAAGUUAUAGAGGCUCUGUUAACGGCUGGAGCAGAUCACAAUGUUAAAAAUGAUCGCAAUGAGACGCCGUAUGAUCUAGCCAUCAAAGCAGGAUAUGAUACCAUAGUUAAACGCUUUGUUUCUGCCAUUGGUCAGUCUCAGGUGGAAAAAAUGACAAGAAUCAAGAGUUAUUAGCAAUAAUCAUAAUUCAAUGAAAAUCAAUAUUGUUAAAAAUUGUAUUUAAUUUUUUUUCUCUUAAUGUGGGUAAUUAAAAAAAAAGAGGGAAAAAAAAAA